AUGAUGGCCAAACGAGUACACCGAGAGCUUGGGCGAUACAUGUAUCCUCACAACCCAUACACUGCAACUGGGAAUAGUACACCCCGGUCACGUACUGCUUAUCCUGUUAAACUCCCGUUGAGUGUACUGACUUUCCCCGUUUCCCGCCAGCAUCCUAUUGUACCGCGCUGGAGUGUUGUUUCAAAGUACAUAAUAAAGCAGCUUGAUGCGGCAAAAAUCCCAUGGGUUGCUGUUGAGUGCUUUCAGCGGCGACAGACGCGUCAGAAGAGUGAAGAUAGGGAUGACACAACGGUAGUUAUUACCGUGCAGGGGUUCCCAUACAUAACUCAUGGGAUCAAGGAGCUGCUCCGUGGCCUGUUUGUCGAGCUUGCCGAAGGGCAGAUUUGGAGCGGUACGGGGGAGACCUUCAGAGAUCCGUACACGUCGAGUCCUAUCCCCGAUAACUAUCCUCAUCUCCAAUCGUAUGCUCCGGAACCACGUAUGAAUGGAUGUAUCGGUGUUGGUGGUAACGAAUGCGCGACUGAAGCAUUCGAGGCAAUUGACAACGAGACUGGGAAACAUAUCACGAUCCAGUAUCCAAGUUUGCAUGACCACGAGAUGGCAUUAUCGGAAUUAUCAAAAUUGGGAUAUACGCUGGAUACUUACCAGCACUCACCAGGUGACGGUGAAUUAGUACAAAUGGUGAAAGAGGUAGAGCGAUCUGGCAGAGAUGUUGGCACAAUUCUUGUUUCCUCUGGCAUAACAAUAUCUAGCCUUGGACAGUGCCGGCUCGACUGGGCCCUGAUCGACUUAUAUCCAGGACGAGUUGGAACGAACGCAGUUGUACCAUACUAUGGCCCUAAUGAUGAAAGUAUUAAAUACUGGUCUUCACCCUCUAGCGCCGACAGUGUCUAUCUGGCUGGGCGGAUGGUAUGGCCGGCCAGGGGUCAAGGAGGCGACUCGGGCACAUUGGUUCUUGGAUUCUGGAUUGAUGAUGCCGUUGGUGUAGUCUGGGGCGGAAUCGAUGGCGGUUGGGCAAACCGGGAGCCAACGUACAUGACGCCGUUGCGUGUCAUCGCCAACAGCAUCAAGGAGAAGACUGGAUACAACGUUCGUCUUUUGCAUGGUGUUGACAUGAUUAUCUGA